GCUUGCAUGUGCCGCUCCGCCAGUGGGGAAAAGGUGCUGGGUGGAGAGGAGUGGUAUGGAAUGAGCUGCCCAGGUUGAGUGACACUCCUCCAUUCCACUAUGGGCAAGAAGGGCAAGGUCGGGAAGGGCCGGCGGGACAAGUUCUAUCACUUGGCGAAGGAGACCGGUUACCGUUCCCGCUCUGCUUUCAAGCUUAUCCAGCUGAAUCGCCGCUUUCAGUUCCUGCAGAAAGCCCGAGCCUUGUUGGAUCUGUGUGCUGCGCCAGGGGGAUGGCUGCAGGUGGCUGCCAAGUUUAUGCCUGUAUCCAGCCUUAUUGUGGGAGUGGACCUGGUUCCAAUCAAGCCUCUUCCCAAUGUGGUGACACUCCAGGAGGACAUCACAACAGAACGCUGUAGGCAGGCCUUGAAGAAGGAGCUAAAGACCUGGAAAGUUGACGUGGUGCUCAAUGAUGGGGCCCCCAACGUUGGGGCUAGCUGGGUCCAUGAUGCUUACUCCCAAGCCCAUUUGACACUGAUGGCUCUGCGUUUGGCUUGUGAUUUUCUGGCUCGUGGUGGCUGCUUCAUCACAAAGGUUUUCCGUUCCCGUGACUAUCAGCCCCUACUCUGGAUCUUCCAGCAGCUGUUCCGCCGUGUCCAGGCCACCAAGCCCCAAGCCUCUCGCCAUGAAUCUGCAGAGAUCUUUGUAGUCUGCCAGGGAUUUCUGGCUCCGGACAAGGUUGACAGUAAAUUCUUUGACCCCAAAUUUGCCUUCAAGGAGGUUGAAGUUCAGGCCAAGACUGUUACUGAGUUGGUUACUAAGAAAAAGCCAAAGGCUGAAGGCUAUGCUGAGGGUGAUCUCACUCUGUAUCACCGGACCUCGGUCACUGACUUUCUCCGAGCUGCCAACCCUGUUGACUUCCUCUCCAAAGCCAGUGAAAUCUCACUAGAUGAUGAAGAGUUGGCACAACAUCCAGCCACCACUGAGGAUGUGCGGGUGUGCUGUCAGGAUAUCAAAGUGCUGGGGCGCAAGGAGCUUAGGUCCCUACUGAACUGGAGAACAAAGCUUCGGCGGUAUGUGGCCAAGAAGCUGAGAGAGCAAGCGAAGGCACUGGACAUCAGCCUCAGCUCGGGAGAGGAAGAAGAUGAGGAGGAGGAGUCAACAGCCAGGCAGUCCUCUAAGGAGGAGGAAGAGGAGGAACAGCUGAACCGUACAGUGGCAGAGAUGAAGGCCCAGGAAGUGGCGGAAUUAAAGAGGAAGAAAAAGAAGCUGCUGCGCGAGCAGAGAAAGCAGCGGGAGCGCGUGGAACUAAAGAUGGAUCUUCCCGGGGUUUCUAUUGCAGACGACGGGGAGACUGGCAUGUUCUCCCUGCGUACCAUCCGGGGUCACCAGCUGUUAGAGGAGGUAACACAAGGGGAUAUGAGUGUGGCAGACACGUUUCUGGCUGAUCUGCCAAGAGAUGACAUCUAUAUAUCAGAUGUGGAGGAGGAGGAAGAUGCAUCUCUGGACAGUGACCUGGAUCCAGAGGAGCUGGCAGGAGUUGGAGGACCUCAGAGGCUAAAGGCCCAAAAGCGUGUACAAUUUGCUGAAGUAGAAGAUAAUAAAAAAGAGGAGAAGGAAGAAGAGAAUCCAUUGCUGGUACCAUUGGAGGAAAAGGCGGUACUGCAGGAAGAACAAGCCAACCUGUGGUUCUCAAAGGAUGGCUUCAGUGGCAUUGAGGACGAUGCUGACGAGGCCCUGGAGAUCAGUCAGGCCCAGCUGUUGUAUGAGAGCCGUCGGAAGGGGCAGCUGGCGCCUCCACCUUCCAGUGUGCAGACUGAGAGAACACCCCCCCGGUGCCAGGAUGAGGCCCCUAAGGGGGCAGAGGCUGCCACUGGCCCUGGGGAGGAAGAAGGAGAUGGCCGCUCAGACAGUGAUAGCAGCAGCAGUGAGGAUGAAGAGAGUUGGGAACCACAGCGUGGCAAGAAGCAAAGCCGUGGGCCUACAUCAGAUGAUGAUGGUGGCUUUGAGGUAGUGCCCAUCGAGGACCCAGCGAAACAUCGGAUUCUGGACCCUGAAGGUCUUGCUCUAGGUGCUAUUAUUGCCUCUUCCAAAAAGGCCAAGAGAGACCUCAUAGAUAACUCCUUCAGCCGGUACACAUUCAACGAGGAGGAAGAGGAGCUUCCUGAGUGGUUUGUGCAGGAGGAAAAGCAGCACAGGAUACGGCAAUUACCUAUUGACAAGAAGGAGGUGGAACAUUACCGAAAACGCUGGCGGGAAAUCAACGCACGUCCCAUUAAGAAAGUGGCUGAGGCCAAGGCCAGAAAGAAACGGAGGAUGCUGAAGAAGCUGGAGCAAACCAAGAAAAAGGCAGAAGCCGUGGUGAACACGGUAGACAUCUCAGAACGAGAGAAAGUGGCACAGCUCCGAAGUCUCUACAAGAAGGCUGGGCUUGGCAAGGAGAAACGUCAAGUCACCUAUGUUAUAGCCAAAAAAGGCGUGGGCCGCAAAGUGCGCCGGCCAGCUGGAGUCAGAGGUCAUUUCAAGGUGGUGGACUCGAGGAUGAAGAAGGACCAAAGAGCACAGCAACGGAAGGAGCAGAAGAAAAAACACAGGCGGAAGUGAAUGGACCCACUAGGGCCCCUGAGGAGACGGUAUAUAUGGACGGAGAGCACUUUGGUGCUGCCCACCCCAGCCUCCUGGUACCUCCUGUACCCUCGUGUGCUCCGCAGUCAUCUGAGAAGACAGGUUUGGUACUAGAACUCUCGGGUGGUCUUGAGUGGUGAGGAGGACAUCCCAUUAAAGCACUGCUGUAAUGUCCUGCUGGUGCACAGCCCUUCUGUGAAAAGUACGGGCUACUGGAUGAACAGUCGUACCUUUUUAAAGUUAAGGGGAAGUGGAGUGUAGGCCUCUCAAGUUUUCCCCUCUCCUCUUCCAUGAUCAUCUGAAUAAAACCAGGAUGGUACCAA